AUGGGAAGACGUCCGGCUCGCUGCUACAGGUACUGCAAGAACAAGCCGUACCCGAAGUCUCGUUUCUGCCGUGGCGUGCCCGACCCCAAAAUCAAGAUGUACGAUGCGGGGCGGAAGAAGGCAGACGUAGAUGAGUUUCCUGCGGUUGUACAUCUGAUAUCGGACGAGCAUGAGCAGAUUUCUUCUGAGGCGCUGGAGGCGGCACGUGUGUCUGCUAACAGGUACAUGAUUAAGUUCUGUGGUCGGGAGGCCUUCCACUUGCGUGUGCGCGCACAUCCGUAUCAUGUGUUGCGUAUCAAUAAGAUGCUUUCCUGUGCCGGUGCAGAUAGGCUGCAGACCGGCAUGAGAGGUGCCUACGGCAAACCUAACGGUCUUGUAGCACGCGUGCACAUUGGGCAAACCCUCAUGUCCAUCCGUUGCCGCGAUGAACGUGUUAACCACGCCGUUAUUGCCCUCACCAGAGCCAAGUAUAAGUUCCCCGGUCGUCAACGUGUCGUCAAGAGCGACAAGUGGGGCUUCACCGAGUUCACUCGCGAUGAGUACGCCGCCCUUCAGGCCGAAGGCAAGGUCUUCUCUGACGGAGUCAUUGCCAAGCGUGUACCCACACACGGCCCUCUCAGCAAGGUCUUCCCUGAAGCACGCCACAUUGAAAUUCCGCUCUAA